AACUGGCAUCUCAGUAUUUGGCAAAUGGAAGAAAAGCAGGGGCCGCCGUGUAGACCAAUGAAAACACAGCAUGGGAGGAGUUACACAGGUCCUGUUGAAGCCUCUCAGACUUGAGUUUCGUUUCUCUGGAAGAGCUCGACUGAACCAGCUUUGGCAGCAUCACAAACAACAAUGGACUGGGCAACUCUUGCAGGAGUGGCCGCAGGAGCAGUUGGAACAGUGGCGUUAACCCCAGUUGUGGUGUCAGCGGCGGGUUUCACCGCUGGAGGCAUAGCCGCAGGAUCCGUCGCCUCUUGGGUGAUGUCCACUGCGGCUGUGGCUAAUGGUGGAGGGGUUGUGGCUGGUAGUACUGUUGCCGUCCUACAGUCUGUUGGAGCAGCCGGCUUGUCUGGCGCUGCUACAACAGUCGUGGCAUCUGUAGGAGGGGCUGUAGGGGGAGCCGUUGCACAAGCCAUGUCAUGGUUCCUGUAAAGCUAGAUUCAUGCUAACAUGCCAACCUGAAAUUGUAUUUAAUCUACAUUAAGAAAAUGUGUGCUCUAUUCUAUUCUAUCUCAAAUAAAAUGAUAAAAACAA